UGAUCCUACCUCCCGAUUGCUGGGGUUACAGGCAUGCACCACUAAACUUAGUUUAUGCUGAGCUGGGCAUGGACCACAGUUCAUGCCUGUUAGGAAGGCACUACCAGCUGAGCACUGAGCUGCAUGCAUCCCCUGCCGUGCUCGUGUAUUUGAGACAGGAUCUUGGAAUGUAACUUAGACUUGUUGUGUAGAUCAGGCUGGUCUCAAACUCAAGGGCUUUCCAUUACCUCAUCUCCAGAACGUAGGGAUUUUAUAGGCAUGCAUCACCGUACCUGAUUGUGGCUCCUGCCACAAUUCUUUUUUUUUUUUUUUAAAUGCUGGAGCCUUGGACUCUCCGUCUUCUGCCUUGGCCCCCAAUUCCAGACUGGGGCACCACAUCCAGCUAGUGGACUGGCACUUCUGUGGGUGUUAGAAGACAAGAAAUUGAACAAAAAGGGUCUGGCUUCAUCAAGCUCACCGCUUUAAUCAUGGUGUGUGUUUGGGAGUGUGUAUGUGUGUAUCCUAUAUCCCUGUCAGUUUCCUUAACAAAGACUGCUAAGAAAGGCUUGGAACUGAAGCAGAACCUGAUAGAAGAGCUUCGGAAAUGUGUGGACACCUACAAGUACCUCUUCAUCUUCUCUGUGGCGAACAUGAGGAACAGCAAGCUGAAGGACAUCCGGAAUGCCUGGAAGCACAGCCGGAUGUUCUUUGGCAAAAACAAGGUGAUGAUGGUGGCCUUGGGUCGAAGCCCAUCUGAUGAAUACAAAGACAACCUGCAUCAGGUCAGCAAGAAGUUGCGAGGUGAAGUUGGCCUCCUCUUUACCAACCGCACCAAGGAGGAGGUGAACGAGUGGUUCACAAAGUAUACAGAAAUGGAUUUUGCUCGAGCUGGGAACAAAGCAACUUUAACAGUGAGCCUGGACCCAGGGCCCCUGAAGCAGUUCCCUCAUUCCAUGGAGCCACAGCUGAGGCAGCUGGGCCUGCCCACUGCACUCAAGAAAGGUGUGGUGACCCUGCUAUCUGACUAUGAAGUGUGCAAGGAGGGCGAUGUGCUGACUCCAGAGCAGGCCCGUGUCUUGAAGCUUUUUGGGUAUGAGAUGGCAGAAUUCAAAGUGACCAUCAAAUACAUGUGGGAUGCCCAUUCGGGAAGAUUCCAGCAGAUGGACGAUGACCUGCCUGAGAGCGCACCUGAGUCUGAGGGAGAAUCAGAGGAAGAGGAUGACAGCUGAUUGCAGGAUGUGGGACUAAGGCCUUCUAGCAAGUUCUUCAUCUCCAUUGGACCACCAGGACUGCUGUCGUCCCUCUAGGGGGAGCAGCUAUCUAUUUUGCUAUGGAUAGAGACAAGGGAGGGUGCUGGGGCAGGACUUUGUUUCUACAAAGAAUAAAAUCUUGUCCACGGGGUUUUCCCUGUGGACAGCAAGAGACUUUUCCUAGGAAGAAGGCCUUCAGCUUUGUGCUUCUGUUUGGGGCCUGCACGGCCUGGCUCCUUGACAGCACAGCACUGCAGAUAGCUGACAGCAGCCUGCUGGGUUGGGUGUCCUCUCCAGCCCUUUGUCUGGAAUGGAUUUGCUGAGGACGUUUAGUGCCCUGACAACUUCAUCGCUUACACGUGAACAUGCACACACACAGACGCAGAAACCAGGGCUAAGCCUGACACAUGCCAGGAACAAGGGCUUGUCCCUAAGGCAGGGGAAAGCCACUGCUGGAGUUGGGAGCAAGUGGUUUUAUUGACCCAGGUGCUCUCACUAUGUAGCACAGGCUGGUCUUGAGCUUGCAGCAAUCCUCCAGCCUCUGCCCUCUAGUCCUAGGAUUACACCUGUGUGCUACCACACCUGGCUGGCUAGCUGUGCUCCACAGGAGGGGAGAGCUAUAUGAACUCAGUGGUAAAGCAUGUGCCUGCCAUGCUUAAGGCCCCAGGUUCCUUCCCUAGCAGCACACAGAAACUGAUGCAGGUUGUUUGGCCUCUAGACCCUUCAGAUUUCCUGACCUCUGCCCUGGAGAAUUUCAAGUGCAGAGAGACUACCAAGACUGAAUAGAUAGGCCUUGGCUCUUCAAAAUCAUGAACACAAAACCCAGGACAAGCCAGUGCGUUCGUGCCUGUAAUCCCAGUGCCUCAGGAAGCUGAGGUAAGAUUAAAGGUUUGAAGUCAAGCCAGACAUGAUAACACCCACAUUUAGUCCCGCUCCUGAGGACAAAAAAAAAAGAUGCCAGUUUGUUCUGUGACUAAAAAAAGCCAGGCAUGGUAUGUAUUGGCAGUGACCACGUCAGAGGAAGACUGGGUUGCAAUUGACUUCAGGGUGUCAGCCCACCAGGAAGAAAAUCCCUCAUGGGUGAGUCUGAGUUGGGCAAGGCCCUGAAACCACAGACCCCAGAGUGUGUUUUGCUUCUGCUGUCCCUUUACAUAUUUGCCCCUGCCAUCUUCCUCUGGUAGCUGGCAUGGUGUGAAUGGGUGUGGGGAUAUUCCCACUGCCUUUAACAUAGUGUGUUUUUCUCAUGGAAACAUCCAGUUUUACUGAGCAUUUUUAUCUGUGGAUUAUUAUGAAGAUGCUUCCUUCUUAACUUAUACUAUCUAAUUGAUUUUAAUAAUGCUAGUUUAUAAAGAGUUUGAUAAAUUUAAAAAAAUACAAGGAAAUGUCACAGUCAGGGCCUAUGAGUUUCACCUAAAGAGCAGCACAGACCUCAGUUCAGGUUAAUGAUUAAGGAAAACAAUUGAGUUCCAGGAGCCAGGCUGGCUCUAAUCCUCUAAUACUGAAGGAUUAGCUGAAACAAAGCCUUAAAAUUACUUCAGGUUUGACCAGAUGUUUUGAUAAUAGCUUUGAGAUUAAAAAAACCCAGAAAAUCUAACAAUCUAACAUUCACAAGGACACAUCACUGAAUUAGAGAUUCAUUAGGUUAGGGUCAAAAAUACAAAGCAACCGAAUAGUUGCAAAUUGAUAUACUUUGCUUGCUAGGUUUGGUUGGUGAUCAAAGGUGAUUAAUUUCUUCUGCCCUUUUUUGCCCUCAAUCUCUUGAUAGAAGAAACGAUUGAUGAGUGGGUAUUUACCCCAAAAAUUUGAAGUAGAGCAGACUAAUUCUUUCCACAUAUAAAAGUUGAGGUUUGUGAUUCCUUUAAUAUUCCUUAUCUACCUUUCAAGAUAAAGUGUUGAGCCUUUGUAACUGCAAAAUACAGCCUGCCAAUAAAAGACCUGGCUGAGAAGAAUAA